UUGACGGGUUCAUUCUGAAACGUUGCUGAGAGUUUGUCUUUUGGGCGAGGGGGUACAUAUCUUGUGGGGAUCAAAGGUCUACCACUUCCUGCAUCUUCCUCCUUCACAAACUCCAGGUGCAGUCCACGAAAACUGUGGCUAUUGCACAGCGUUAGCAUCAAAAGCAAUGUCUGGAAGUCCUGCUGUUGUUAUGCGACUGGUGGCCUCAGCCUAUGCUGUGGCUGAAAAGGCUGGGACCAUUGUACGGAAUGUCCUUCACAGUGGAGAACUUGGUAUUGUGGAAAAGACAGGCGCUAAUGAUCUGCAAACACUGGCAGAUAGACUAGCACAGCAGAGCAUUUGUGCUUCACUGUCCAAAUGUUUCCCUAAAAUCACCAUAAUUGGAGAGGAGGAUCUUCCUUCUGAAGUGAUACAGGAAGAUCUAAUUGAGACUGGCCAGUCAGAGGAAAUUCUUCAGAGGAGUUGUCCACCUGAGUACAGCCAGCUGAAAGAAGAAGAGAUAGUUGUGUGGGUAGAUCCUCUUGAUGGCACAAAGGAAUAUACUGAAGGGCUCCUGGAUAAUGUGACAGUGCUCAUUGGGAUUGCAUAUGGAGGCAAAGCCAUCGCAGGCGUGAUCAACCAACCGUUCUACAACUACCAGCUUGGUGCAGGAACACAAUUAGGAAGAACCAUGUGGGGGAUGCUGGGAUUGGGCGCUUUUGGGUUCCAGCUCCAGGAAGUUCCAGGUGACAGACGGAUUGUCACCACCACCCGUUCCCAUAGCAACAAGCUGGUAACAGACUGUGUGGAUGCCAUGGAGCCUCACGAAGUUGUACGAGUGGGUGGUGCUGGAAAUAAGAUUAUCCAGCUUGUUGAAGGAAAAGCUUCUGCCUAUGUCUUUGCUAGUCCAGGGUGCAAGAAGUGGGACACUUGUGCUCCUGAAGCAAUCCUGCAUGCUGUUGGAGGUAAACUGACUGAUAUGCAUGGAAAUGCAUACCGCUAUGAUGCUAGUGUAAAGCACAUGAACUCUGCCGGGGUUCUUGCUACACUCCGUAACCACAAGUACUACGUCAGCAGAGUACCACAGUCAGUGCUGCAAGCUCUCAAGUCAGACUGAGGUCUGUCUUUAUGUUCCCAAAACAUACAGUGUAAAAUCACUGUUUUGUUUUUUUUAUUAACCACAUUAUUUGACUGGUGUAUCUAAUUUUCAAAUGUAACUAGUAACAGCAGUUUUGAGGGUAUUCUGUAUUCCUGUGCCUAAAACAAAUCACCGUGAUUUCUGAGUGUCAGCGGACUAACCAAACUACCACUAUGAUCUGCACUAAUUUAAUGAAUCAGACACAAGUAUUAAAGCAGGCUUAACAGCGCUUCCAUUUAUUUCACUCGUUUGAAACAAACUUGUACAAAUCUCAGAACAUCUUAACAUACUGUUUCUCAACUUGAAGACCAAUAGAUUUACAAGGCAAAAGGCAAGAUCUGAAGGUUAAAUGUUGGUUAGUGAGUUGGAAAUGAUGUACUGUACUUGAUUCGGUAACCACAAAGUCGGAACAGUCUAUAUGUAAUGCAAUGCCAACAACAAACAAAAUGCAGGCAUCUUGACUUGAUACAUUUUACCCUCUUUUCACACACAGUAACAGAAAAUACAUUCUGGACAGUGAAAGAGGGCAAUGGUCAAACCCCACUGCUGUGAAGAACAAACAUACAACUGAGCUGUGAACACUAAAAAUGAACUGACAACGACUAGUUAAUCCUGUAUUUGAAACCUCGUCUUGUAUCUAACAAGAUGCCGUGUUCUUCAUUUUCUUACUUUCUCUUUUUUCACACUGGCACAUCUGUCUACUUUUCUACACAUUUAAGUAUUUAUCAGACUAAAGGACACACACUCAAAGUGCUCUCUGAGCAGUGUGGGUCCAUGAUGUCUGAAUUUUUACUUCAGAAGCAAAAAAGGAACCAUUUACAAUGUUGCUUUAUCGAUAUUUUAUACCAACAAUGGAAACACCCACUAAUGCUUGUUCGGUGAUGUGAGGGAUUAAAAAUGUACACAGUACAGUAUGAGUUGUGGAAAAAUGGACUUGAAACACUACGAGGAGCAUCGGCUUUAUACAAAUGCCCAACUAAAGAUUUAGCACAAGUUGGCAUCUUUUUGAAAUUAAGAGGCUUUAAUAGCCGUCUCACAUAAUUGUGCUUGCAUACAGCAAGAUUUCUAGCAAUAUUUAUUGCACUUACAUCAUAAAAGUCUCUGGAUUUUAUUGGCAUCUCCAUAGGAAGAAAACAUUCUUGAGUCGUAAGAAAAGUCUUAGCUGUCACGUUUAAAGAUAAAAUUCAACAUUAUGGGAAAUAUGCUUUGGCCGUACCUGCUCAGAGUGAAAUUCAUGGUGAAUUGAUUAACUGUUCGUUUGUUGUGUUGUUUGGGACUGUAGGUACAGCUAACAGAGCUUAGCAUAAAGACUGGAAUCAAGUGUCUAGCAUGACUAGCAGAGAUCAAAUACAACAAAAUCAACAUAUCAGCACCUCCAAAGCCCAAUAAUAUUAACAAGAACAUUAACAAUAUUUGGUUUAUCUGGACGAACAAAAAAAAAAACCCACACUAAUUUUAAAGGCGUUUCUUUCAGUAAACUUUAAUGCUGUACACCAUACUUAUAUAGUAUGUGAAUUUUAAGAAGGUAGUCCAAAUUUGAUCGCAAUCAAAUUCAAAUUUAAUUUGUGAAAAAUUUGAAAAAAAAUAGUACUCGAGGAGCUAAAUCUAACAAUCGACCUGGUAGAUACUUUGCUCAUGCUACCCUGCAGCUCAGUCUCACUGCAAAACCUGAAGGAGUAGACAAUACGACUAAUUUUGAACACAAAUUGUCCUUUUUGUUGACACUCACCCCAGCACUGAAUUUAAUGCACUUCAGUUGGAAGUACCUCUUGUGCCCACAUGCGCUGCUUUAAAACAUUUGCUACACCUGUUUAAACCCAACCCAUGAUCUUUUCCUAAAUCUAACCAAAUAUUUUUGCUGCCUAAACCAAACCAACACCUAAAAACACAACUAAAGCCUCAAAGUAUCAAUUAGGAAAACUUAAAAUUGUUAGUCCUGAGUGUCUCCAGAGUCUUUAGCACUUUCAGACUGGAAGCACAACAAUUUGUGUCUAAUUAAUGAAUCUGUGCUCAUGGCACAUCUGUUUCGCAAACUAACACCCGUGAUGGUGGGAAAUGCACUAAUGCAACAAACAGCCAUUCUGUGGAGGGGUCCUUGAGAGCACAUCCAUACUUUUGAAAGUGUGACAAGUAUUGAGAUGCAAUGUGUCCUUAACAAGAGAUCUGUCAAUUUAAGUUUUACACUGGGAAGUCUGAAGAGUGAUUUCAGGCCCUUGUGCUAAGCUAUGAAAGCCAUAUUUAAUAGGUGAGAAGUCUUACCUGAUAUUUUGCAGGAAAACAAAGGAGCAUAUUUCCCAAAAUGUUUAACGAUUUAACCAGUGUGUAAUACUUGAGAUAACACAGUGGGAAUCGAGAUGAGACUGGAUUUAUUUGGACCUGUAGGCUGGGAGAGUGCUGAUUUUACACAUUGCUUAAACAAAGAGCUCAUCUCAAUCACACAAGCGUGCAUGCAUUUACAAAACCACGAUUUUUUUUAAUCUGAAGGCAAAGAAGUAUCUCGGCCAUUUCAAAAAAAGGUUGGUGUUAAUAUUCCAGAAUGAGCUGAGUAAAUACAUACUGUAGCAUUAAAAAAAGAAAAAUCACUCACAUAUUCAUAAAAAUACCCACAGAACAAGCAAAACAAAAAACCCUCUCUUUGAGUUUCUAUUUACACGUGAAUAAACUGACUGAGAAGGCUGGAGUGUUUGAGGCAGCCUGCAGGGAUGUGGGCCAAAGCCCAGCCAGAGGAGGAGCAGGAGAGUUGGGGCCAGCUGCUCACCUCUUUUUAGGUGCCUGAGUGGUACGAGGUGGGGUGACCGGGCGACCUGAAUUCACCCCUCCAUACUGAUACUUAGCUUUUUUCUCUGACGGCUUCAGGAUCUGAAAAGAACAGAUAGCGGUGUUGACAUAUAGGCCUACAGAGGAUUUAAGGGAGAUUUAAUGUGCCAUCAAAAUGAACAUGCUCUACCUGAAAAGAACACAUGAGCGAUUCGUCCACACUCAUCAUGCCGCCUGCAUUGUCAAACUCCCCACAGUAAUUGGGAGCAGAAAACAGGGUCACCAGCUGCCGCUUUGCAAAGAACUCAUAACCGUCCUCAACAACCUGUGGGGUGGCAGGAUUAAUACAAGAUGACUGACUGAAAAUUAACUGGCACCUAUUUUGGUAAUCAAUUCAAUUCAGUUAUUUUUAAGGCUUGUUUUUUUUAAAGAUGGUUUUGGUAGCUUAAUGUUCCACUCAGUAAGCCAAAAAUAUUUUCUACUAGGUAGUUGUAUGUUAUUCAAGAAUAUUUCGGGAACAUGUUUUGCAUACAAAAUGAUCAGAUCUGUUUUCACUUUCGAGCUGUAAUAAAUAAAAAUGAUUUAAUUAAAUUAAAA